CAACAACCUUCAUACACACAAACUCCAACGUCACACUCUCCUUCCACUUUUAAAACCGUAUCUUAUUGUUCUCUCUCCAUCCCUCAAAACUCUUUCCCACUCUCUUCUCUUCUUUUCUUUUUCCUCUGUCCCUCACCUACAACAACCUUCAUACACACAAACUCUUCACCCUUUUUCAUGAGUCAACACUUUCCCACUGGGUUUCUCUGAUUCCUUAAAGAAACUAAAGAAGGAUAAAAAUAAAUCCUUUUCAUUUUGGUACACAUAUAGGAUUAUAUAUAUAUUAACCCUGAAACAGUUGUUGCUGUUUUGCUCGAUAUGGGGCUCUCAGAGAAGUUGCAAGUAGAAGGAGGCUUUGAAUCCGAUAAUAGAAAAUGGGUCAUCACUGGAAUUGCUUUAAGAGCGCCAUUGAAGCCAAUAUAUACCAUUCCUGUGGAGAAGGGACAAGAAGAAGACACAGAGACAGAGGAGUGUUCAACAACGCCAAAGGGUGUUGAAUCAAAGAUCCCAACACCUUUCACGUGCCCACCUGCUCCUAGCAAGCGAAAAACUUCUUUGAAGUGCAAUUAUCGUGGUGUCGUUAGAGAGUUCUUCACGCCACCUGACUUAGAAACUGUGUUUAUACGCCAUGUUGAAAGGGCUAAUUGAAAGUACUAGCUAGGUUUUGGUUCUCUUGUAAAAUCACUCCCCGUUAAACCCGACUAGCGAGUGUGGGAUCAAAAAAAUCCUUAUACGCAACUUUAUUCUUGCAUAAUUGCAAAUAGGCUAUUUCCUGAAUUUUGUGGUGUACCUUAAAAAAAAUUUCUCUAGUUUUUCCUAGUGUUUUCUCUGUUUUUCUUUUGAGUAGUUAGAGCUUUCCUAGUUCAGAGAUUAGGACUAUUUUGUA